AUGCACCCUACCCAUGUCGGAGGUGCUGGAAAUCACAUACAAGAACAACCGUUCUCGCAACCAGAUCAGCCUCUUAGCCAGCUACCCAUUGAAAGAGACUCAGUCGCCGAGUUUGGAGUUUUAACAUUACCGAUUCUGAGAAUCAGCGAUGAACACAGAAACCGUCUUUUACAAGCUCUUGGUAGAUCUGGGACGGCGAUGGCCGAUGGUGUAUUUCCGUCGGCCCACUCACUGACUCGCUUUGUGAAUGGAUUCUUCGAUGGGUUUUAUCCUCACAUGCCAGUCGUUCACAUCCCAACAUUUAAGGUGGACAAUUGCGAAUCGGAAAUUAUUCUGUCUAUGGCUGCGCUUGGCGCUCAGUAUCGCCAUGAACAUCGAAAAGCAGUCACCCUUUUCUAUGCCGCAAAGGCAAUUUUGAAGCACCGUGAAACACAGCAGAGCGGUGAAAAUCUGACUGAUAGAGAGUUAAUGCUCCAAGCACGGUGCGCUCUCUACCUCAUUGCUUUCGCAACUUGGCAGCGUGAACCGGAAAUUUUAAGGGAAGCGUUCAAUCUUCAAAGCUUUCUCGCCAGGUGCGUGAGAGAGAGUCAACUGGAAGAAAGUGCUUCAUCUCGACAAGAAGAUAUGAAUUGGCAUACAUGGGUACAGCAGGAGUCCGAAAGGAGAAUCAAGCUCUUCUCUUUUGCCUUCCUUAAUCUGCAUGGCAUAGCAUUUAGCACACCUCCAGUUAUACUAGGCGAUGAAAUCCACUUGCGCCUUCCAUGCAGCUGUUUUGAAUGGAUUGCGCCUAACCAGCAGAAAUGGUCAAUGGUACACAAGCAGGAUAAUGCACAGCAAAUGCUUUUCCAAGAGGCUUUCUCACAACUAAUGAAAUCUCCAAGCGACAUUCAAGCGAUCAACCCCCAACCAGUGCCAUCACCUUUGGCAAACUAUAUCCUUCUACAUGCAUUAAUUCAGAGAAUCACACUAGUGCAACAAGCAUUUGGUUCCCACAAUGACCCGAAUGAUACUCUACUCAAUGGUCAAAAAGAGGUCAUCAGAAACGCCCUUCACACAUGGACAUCGCAAUGGCAACGAGCCCCCGAAUCAAGUCUAGACCCUCGCAAUCCCAAUGGCCCAGUCACAUUCACAUCAACGGCAUUGCUGGGAUUGGCAUAUGUGCGACUCGCUCUUAACAUAGGGCCAUACAAAAUCCUCGGAUCACGAGAUCCACAGCAGAUUGCAAAAAAACUUCUACAAAUGCCAAAACUGCCCGCUGGCCCCCAUCUACUGCCUGCAAUCUUGCAUGCGACACAUGCAUUGAGUAUACCAGUUAAGCUGGGCGUCAAUUUCGUCGCGAGGAGUCAUGCGUUUGUGUGGAGUAUCCAGCAUUCACUUUGUGGAUUGGAGUUUGCGAUUUUCCUGAGUAAAUGGCUUUUUUGUAUCGCCGAUUGUCAGAAAACGAGGCCGCUUGAUGAGCAUGAGAGUCGCCUGAUCAGCUGGAUUGGGGAUAUUGUCGAAGAAGGGAGGACGUCCGGCGAUGAGGAUCUAUGGUCCAGACCGACUUUGUCAUCGAAUUGUGUUUAUCUCGGGUUUGCUGUGGUGAAGCUCUGGGCGCGCCUGAUCAGGGGAAAUGAGCAAUGGGCGAUCUUGAAGGUGAUUGGAGAAGGACUCGAUAUUUACGCCGACACCUGUGAGCAAAGAUUCGCUAGUUCUCUGAACGAUCAAUAA